CCCCGCUUUAUCAGAUGUGAUUGAUAGCAACGUACCAAGUACGGUGAGCCAUGUCAACCUAGAAUUCUCGCGGCUGUCGAGGCGGCCGCCGCUGCGUAUGGCUCCCCUAAGCUCGAUAAUGUUCCGUGUAGUCAACCUCGCCGAUUUCGGGAAUCUCAGUAUGCAUGUCUCCAUAGCUCGUGAGGGAAAUUCCAGGAGAGUUUUCCGUGCAUAGUAUCUAGGUUUCACCGCGUUGAGCGAUUCUUCCACCCGACAUAACAGUCACAGCUCUACCAUAACUUUCACUGCAUGUUCGACGGGAAAUGUGAACAAUCCCCGAGAAUGGCAUUGUCAAGACUCUUCCUCGUCACUUUUGCUUGGACGAAUUGCCUUGUGGGCAUAUCGUCCGCAGCUACCGUCACAUACGACUUCAAUGUCACUUGGGUGACAGCAAAUCCAGAUGGCGCCUACGACCGACCUACGAUUGGUAUCAACGGCCAAUGGCCUAUUCCGCCCAUAACGGCAAGCGUGGGUGAUAAUGUUAUGAUUCACGUCACGAACCUGCUUGGGAACGAGACGACCUCGCUCCAUUUCCACGGUCUGUACAUGAAUGGCACUACGCAUAUGGAUGGUCCAGAACAAGUGUCACAAUGCGCAAUUCAGCCGGGGUCGAGUUUUACUUACAACUUCACCAUCGACCAGCCAGGCACUUAUUGGUACCAUUCGCACACCCGCGGGCAAUAUCCAGAUGGUUUGCGAGGUCCCCUGAUCAUUCAUGAUCCCGACUCCCCAUUCCUAGGCCAGUAUGACGAGGAGGUGGUCCUGACCGUUUCAGACUGGUACCAUGACCUCAUGACCGAUAUGCUUCCCGGCUUCAUUAGCAAGAGUAAUCCCACAGGAGCAGAGCCGGUGCCCAACAAUGCCCUCUUCAACGAGACCCAGAACCUCACCGUACCUAUCCAACCGGGUAAGACGUAUCUUUUCCGCAUGGUCAAUAUAGGGGCCUUUGCUGGUCAGUAUAUCUGGUUCGAAGGGCACAAUAUGACGAUUGUAGAGGUCGAUGGCAUCUACACACAACCUGCGGAAGCCGACAUGAUAUACCUGUCCGCUGCACAGCGAUGUAGUUUCCUGCUGACAACCAAAAAUGAUACCUCGGCGAACUAUGCCUUUGUGGGAAGCAUGGAUACCACCCUCUUCGACACCCUACCAGAUGACCUGAACUACAACGUCACGGGAUGGCUGGUAUACGACAACACAAAGACGUUACCCGAUCCCGCGCUGGUGGACGAGCUUGACCCAUUUGAUGACAUGACCCUUGUCCCGUACGACAACCAAACAUUGCUCGGAGAGCCUGACCAGAUCGUUCAGCUCGAUGUUAUCAUGGACAACUUAGGGAAUGGCGCCAACUAUGCAUUCUUCAACAACAUCACUUAUACAGCACCAAAGGUGCCAACGCUGUACACGGCUCUGACGACAGGUGAUGAAGCGACAAACCCAGCCGUUUAUGGUGGAUACACAAACUCGUUCGUUCUGGAGCAAGGCCAAAUCGUUCAGAUAAUUGUCAACAACUUGGACUCCGGGCGCCAUCCAUUCCACCUUCACGGUCAUGCGUUCCAAGCACUUUACCGAUCAGUUGACGAAGCAGGGACUUUUGAGGACUCGAACGUUACCGAGGCCGACUACCCAGCAAUCCCAAUGCGCCGAGACACGCUGGUGCUCUACCCCGAUGGCAACAUCGUUAUUCGCUUUCAAGCCAACAACCCAGGUAUCUGGCUCUUUCACUGCCACAUCGAAUGGCAUGUCUCAUCCGGACUGAUCGCAACUUUCGUUGAAGCACCUCUGGAACUGCAAAAAACGCUCGUCAUACCUGAGGAACAUUAUGACACCUGCAAGACUGGCGGCAUACCAACAGCUGGCAAUGCCGCCGCCAACACAGUCAACGUUCUCGACUUGUCUGGGCAGAACAGCGCUCCUGACCCGCUGCCAGAAGGGUUCACCACCCGCGGAAAGGUGGCGCUGGCUUUCAGCUGCCUGUCGGGUAUCUUAGGCGUCCUCGUGGUGGCAUGGUACGGUCUAGCACCAGAUUCUGGUGCGCAUCCCGAAGUUGAGCAACGAGUUGCGGAAGCGCAUAUGGUCGAUGCACCAGUCGUAAGCCCGACAGGGGCGGCUAAGAACAAUGUUGGAGCAGAAAUAGUGACGACAGCCUCAGGAGGCACGGGUAGAUCGCGAGUAUAGCCUCGUUCAUGGCGAAGAGUUUAGACAACGAUUAUUGAUUUUUGGUACAAGCCGGCUGUAGAAACCCGUGUGGCCUUCAGUGUCCUGUACAGUUUCGGAGUUAGCCAUUCCGUUCCUUGAAAGACAAACGUUGCUAUCAUUAUGGCGCCUUCAUACUGAGAUGUCUACAUGAUGGAGGGUUGGAGAAUAGUGGACGCAAGGCCCGACUGAGCAUGGCCGCUGGUUUGUCCUCGCUGGCAGAUUAGCGAGAAUGCGCGAUUUUGGAACUCUGGCAUGAACGGAUGAGCCCAACACUACUUUGAACUGAAAGGAUCCUGAAAUUUGCAUGCUGGGACUGGCAUUAGCCCCAUGGCCGCCCUUGUAUCUGUUAAGCGCCCUCGCGACUGGGCGUUGCUAUUCUUGGACAGCGGUCUUCGAUGCAGUCAACGCUCAGGACCUUGACGAGUUGAGAAAUGACAUGGUG